AGAGAGAGAGAGAAAGGAACGGAGAAAGGGAGGGAAGAGAACGAGCCACCUCACCAAACAGUAAGAGAGAAAAGGAAAGAGAGAGAGAGAUAGAGAGAAGGAGGAGGAGUGCGAGGGAGCGGUGAAGAAGGACACAGCUGGAGAAUCUCAGGCUGAAACUUUUCAAUAGAAACUCCAAAGCUUGAGUCUCAGCACCCAGGAUGUCAUCCAUCCAUCAGGAGAACAGAACAGAGGAUGCUGGCAACCAGAGCUUCUGGAUGCCUGGAAACUACCAACGGACGGUGAAGAGGACGGAGGACGCCUUCCAAGCGUGUAAUGACAUUGUGACGUGUUUUCAGGAGCGGGCGCGCGUAGAGAGGCUUUAUGCUCAGCAGCUUAACGAGUGGAGUAAUAAAUGGAAGCCCCUAGUGGACACGAGUCCUCUGUACGGCUCUCUGUUACGGGCGUGGCAGUGUUUCCUCUCCUCCGCCGAUCGUCUUUCCACUCUGCACUCAUCCAUCUGCCGCUCUCUGGUCUCCGAGGAUGGCGACCGGAUCAGGGCGUGGCAGAAGGACACUUUCCAUAAGAAGAUGUUUGGCGGCUUCAAAGAGUCACAGGACUUCGAGGCUGGAUUCGCUCGUGCUCAGAAACCCUGGGCCAAGAGACUCAAGAAGCUGGAGAAGGCGAAAGCGGCGUUCCAUAAAGCGUGCCGUAAGGAGCACAUGGCUCGGGAACGGGAGACUCACGCUCAGGGAAACCCCGACAUCGCCAUUGAGAAACAGAGGAAGAUCCAGGACGAGCGAGAGAACGCACAGCAGGAGACUCAGAAAGUGAGAGCUCGGUACGAGAAGGUUCUGGAGGAAGUGACACGUUACGCCCCGCGUUAUAUGGAGGAAAUGGAGUCUAUCUUUGACCAAUCACAGGAGGAGGAGAGGAAGAGGAUCAGCUUCCUCAAGCAGGCGUUUUUGUCCAUCCACAGACACCUUGACGUCACCAACAAUGAGAGCGUGAAGGCUGUGUAUAACGAGCUUCAUGAUGCUCUGAUGGCCAUUAAUGACCAGGAGGACCUGCGCUGGUGGAAGAACACACACGGGCCGGGGAUGCCCACCGACUGGCCUCAGUUCCAGGAAUGGAAACCGGACAAGAAGCUCAAGAAGGGAAAGAAAGCUGUGGAGCAGAAAGCCGUGGUGAUGGAGAGAGGCGUAAUGAUUGGUGGAGUCCGAGUCCGAGCCCUUUAUGAUUAUGUUGGACAGGAGCCAGAUGAGCUGUCCUUUAAAACUGGUGAGGAGUUCAUGAAGAUUGAGGAAGAGGAUGAUCAGGGUUGGUGUAGAGGAAUGAUGGAUGGAGGCAAAGAGGGUCUUUAUCCAGCCAAUUAUGUGGAGGCGGUGUAGGUCCAAAAGUGCCAGCUACCACUGCAGUGGAACAUACACACACACACACACACACACACACACACACACACACACAGACACACACGCACCACUGCUUUCAACAUGCCCUUGUCAACAACACCACCGUCUAUAGUUACAGAUAAUUCUUUCCUACCAGACCCCGCCCCAUCCUACCAGACCCCGCCCCAUCCUACCAGACCCCGCCCCAUCAUACCACACCCCGCCCCAUCCUACCACACCCGGUCUCAUCCUACCAGACCCCGCCCCAUCCAACCACACCCCGCCCCAAUCCUACCACACACCACUUCAUGUGAUGACAGUGUCAAUCAUGGACAAAUUAAAGAAGGCACGUCUAAAAGGGUGUGUUGAAAACAGUAUUAAAACCCAGCUACACUCUACCUUUUGGGUCCUGACUUUGUUUGGAGCUUCAUAAGCUCCUGCCAGUGUAUAUUUUUAUUUUAUGUGUACUAUUUGGUGUUUUCUGAGUACGCUAAAAAGCUUGCUGAGACAGAAGCUGUGCAGGAAUUAUGUAUUUGUUCAGAGUUGGGAAAUAACACGUAAAUAAGAAAUGUGCCUUUAUGCAUGAGGAUGUCGCUUUUAUGUUCAGGUGAUGAGGCGGUGAAACGGGCACUGAGGUGACAUAAAGGUCCGCGAUACAGUUCAUAUGCUAGCAUGUACAAGGUUUAUGAAGUUCGGCUAUCACGGUGAACAUCCGACCAACCGAUUUCUUCCAUAAGACUUUGUCAGGUCAUGUGACAUAGAUUGUUCUUAAAAUAAAAGUUAUGCUUCUUUCCUGAUUGAUUUGUGUUAGCAUGUCAUAACAGUUGGCUUUGUAGCUCUUAGCACGCCAUGAGUUUAGGUUGUAACAAAGGGCUUCCUUAGGUUUGAUGAAUUCUUUAUGAACAUCAUGACGCUAAUCUGAAACUUUCACUCUGACUGAAGUCAAGACGUUAAUACCUUUAAACUUUCUUGCCUUUAUUAAGAUUGUUUGGAUCCAUAAUUCACAGCUAGCGUACGCUAGUGUACUUGAUAAUAAUCUCAGAAAGUAUUCGACUGAAAAGGCACAAAAAAUAUGACAGACAUGUAAAAGUUAGCUUUUUGUUUCAUGACUUGUGGCACUUGCAUGAAACCAUAAGUAAUUGCCAAAGAUUAAUUUAUAAAAUUUUAUGUAAAAAAAUAUAUAUUUAGAUGAUGUGCAUCCUUUAUGUGAACUCUACUUUGAUUAAAAAGUCUUCAGCUCCA